AUGAGCAGGGCACUAACGGAGCACAUCCACAACAGCUUCAGAGAAGAUGCCCCUCGUCCUCCGGUACCGGGCGAGGAGGGAGAGGCGCCAUGCCACAACCCAAGCCGCAAAAUGAGAGCCCAGAACAAGGUUAAAGACAGCCCCGCUCCUGGCUCCACGCCGCGGAGGAACGAGGAUGGGCUGGGGGAGCCAGAGGGAAGCGCGUCCCCAGACUCGCCUUUAGUCCGGUGGACAAAGUCUCUGCAUUUUCUUCUGGGGGACCGAGACGGUGCUCACCUUUUCAGGACCUUUUUGGAGCGGGAGAACUGCGUGGACACUCUGGACUUUUGGUUUGCCUGUAACGGCUUCAGACAAAUGGACUUAAAGGAUACCAAAACCUUACGAGUUGCCAAAGUUAUUUUCAAGCGGUACAUUGAGAACAACAGCAUAGUCGCCAAGCAGCUCAAACCGGCCACCAAGACGUUCAUAAGGGAUAGUAUUAAGAAACAGCAGAUAGACUCCUCCAUGUUUGACCAGGCGCAGACGGAGAUCCAGUCCAACAUGGAGGAGAACUCAUACCAGAUGUUUCUGACCUCUGACAUAUACCUCGAGUACGUGCGCGCUGGCUGUGAGAAUGCUGCGUAUGUCAACCACAGCGGUCUGGGCAGUCUGAAGCUGAUGUGCGGAUAUCUUCCUCCCCUUAUUGAGGAGGAAGAGUGGAGCUGCAGUGACCUGAAGGCAAAAACUCUUGGGACUGUGGUUGGACUGUCUUCAAAAAACCUGAGGGCUACUGCAACGCUCCGGACAGCGGCUGAUGUUCUGCAGAAUAAGUGCAGAUCGAACCGCAGAGGAGACCCGGUCAGCCCUUACUUUGUCAACUCUGGCUACAUCUUUGCCCCCGCCACCAGUGCCAACGACAGCGAGAUCUCCAGCGAUGCCACCACAGAUGACUCCAUGUCCAUGACCGAUAGCAGUGUAGACGGGAUUCCACCGUACAAGCUGGGCACCAGGAAGCAACUCCAGCGAGAGAUCCAUCGCAACCUCAAGAUCAAUGGCCAAGUUUCGCUGCCACACUUUCCUAGGACGCACCGGUUGCCCAAAGAGAUGGCACCAGUGGAACCUUCUGCAUUCGCGGCGCAGCUUAUCUUGAGACUGGAGAAGUUGAAGAGAGAGCAGGACACUAUGAGUUCACUGGAGGAGCGGCUACAGCUGAUCCAAGAGGAGGAGGAGCGAGAGGACACUGGGGAGCUGAGUACCUCUGCCCUGACCCACCCUCUACUGCCCUCUCACAGUCAGGAGGAGGACCCACAGGCUAUCCUGGACGAGCACCUGUCCCGUGUCCUCAAGACCCCCGGCUGUCAGUCCCCUGGCGUAGUACGUUACUCUCCCCGCUCCCUCUCCCCUGAUCGGACCCCUUCCUCUGGGACCGGCUCCUUCUUCAGCGCUUACCCCGCCACACCCAAGCUCCACUCCGCGGGCCGCCAGUCCUCCAAACACAUCCACCACCACUACAUCCACCACCACCACGCGGCGGCCAAGACCAAGGAGCAGAUCGAGGCUGAGGCGGCUCAGCGUGUGCAGUGCCUCUGCCCUCCAGGGGGCGCUAACUACUCCGACUACACCCCUGCGCGCUGCAGCACUUUGUCCAAGCGGCCCCUGAAGGCCACCGAAGACCCCCUGUCCCCACCGCACCUUCCUCUUGACGUCACGGAUCGCUCCCAAAACGUUUGGCAGUGGAUCCUGGAGAGCGAGAGGCAGGGCAAGCACAAGCCACACAGCACUCAAGGCCUGAAGCCGCUGCCCGCCCGGACCCACUCUUCAUGGGGUGGAGGCGGGAUCGGUAGCGGGGCGCACCUCCGCGGGCACCAUCCAGGACACCCUUUCAUCCAGGACCCGGCCAUGCCCCCCCUGCCCCCACCCAACACCCUGGCCCAAUUGGAGGAGGCCUGUCGCAGACUAGAAGAGGUUUCCAAGCCCCCCAAACAACGGCAUUCAACUGGAGCCAACAGCCUUCAGAGAGAAAGAAGUCACCCCGCAGCUUCGCUUUCUUCUGGAAGCAGUUCACUAACCAGCCCUGGACUCCAAGCAGACGAGUCAAAAGAGCUCGUGGUCACCUACUUCUUCUGCGGCGAGGAGAUCCCUUAUCGAAGCAUGUUGAAGACCCACUGCCUCACACUUGGACACUUUAAAGAGCAACUUAGCAAGAAAGGCAACUACCGGUACUACUUCAAAAAGGCGAGCGACGAGUUUGAGUGCGGAGCCGUGUUCGAGGAGGUGUGGGAGGACUGCGCCGUGCUCCCCAUGUACGAAGGCAAAGUCCUGGGCAAAGUGGAGAGAAUGGACUAG